ACGAUUGCAUCCCCAGGACUCUCAAAACCACAAAAUAUGUCUGGUUUCCUGGGCAAGCAGACGCAGACAAGACAGAAGCUGAAGGCACCGCCAACACAUUUGCAAAGAAAAACUGCAGUGCCCAUGAGCCCGAAGGCAGUGAUAACAAAGGAACUGAUCAUAUGGUUUCAGAGCAGGAUCCAUAUAUUUCAUGGAUGUGUCCUUUAACAUUGGAUGAGCUAUCUCCAUCUCCCAGCAACACAGAAACGGAGAGAUCUUCCAGUGUGUGGUCUGUCGAUCAGUCCUCAGCACCAGUCAAAUCUAAGGAAAAGUCCAAGAAUUGUUCAGGAGUGAUCGUUAAACUGAGGAAGAUACUUAGUGAAGGUCCUAAGAGAAAAAAGACUCUGUACCAAGCAGUGUCCGGGUCAGUGCCUCCUUCUGAAGCCUCCCUCUCACAGACUGAUGAUGGGGAGAGUGUGAUCAGCGAGGCCGACAUUCACACGACACCCAAAGGGAAGCGCAAGUGGAAGAAAACAGGGAACCUCUCUCAUACUUUAAGACCCCUUGGCAGUUCUUCUAAAAGAAAGCACAAAUCAAUCUUGAAGAUCAAAUACUGUCCCUACUUGUCUGCCUGCCACAGUGCUGAACACAGGAGGAGAUGGGUCCUGCGUUCAGCUGUCCAGAGGGCUCAGAGGGCCAUGAGAUUCUACUACCCAGACUUGGUGGGAAAGAGGAUACGCCAUCUGUAUGAGGAGGAUGACAAAUCAGAGGUGUGGUACAGAGGGGAGGUGCUGCGCAUCCAUGAGGGUAACCCUAACCCUCUUAAGACAAUAUUUGAGGUCAGGUAUGACAGUGAGCCAGAAUGGAAGUACUACCUCGAGCUUCUAAUAGACUAUAAAAAAGGCUGGCUCAAAAUUGAAGACUAGCUUCCAGACACGUACACACAUUGCUAUAUCAC